GUGUCGCCCCGCUCAUCUCCCAUUGUCACCUCAGCGAAUUACAACGUGUUCGCAGGCAGCGUCCGUUCAGCUCGUGUGAUGCUGCUGCUGAUUAGAACCGGUCCUCAUUCAUGUCGCGUCUGUUCUGUGCUGGAUUUGUGUUCGACUCCGUUCAUUUCCACGGUUUCUUACGUGACCAUUGUUCUUCUCCCGGCGUGUGUGGUCAGAUGUCUCACACACGCGCACUUGUGACGUGGGCUGGAGCCAUUAUGACAGGAAUGUUAGUCACAGUGUGUUAAAGUGAUGCCUUCACGGACAGGAGGGCCAGUUGCGUCAGUGCACGUCGCUCUUCAUAUUCAGUGUCAUGUAGUGUGUGGCUGAGAUUGCCAUGGGGGAGUAAAGAAUCAGAACACGCUGAUUUUCCGAUGGAGCUGGGGUCAAAUCAAUUGCUCCCCCAGUUUUGGAGACACGGAAGAAGGUCCCACGUGACAGCUGCAGGCUAUAAUUACCCACUGCACUUUGUGAUUUCAGCAGUUUGGGUGUGUGUAUCUAUUUAUGUAUAGCGUGUUUUAGUUUGAUGUUAAAAGGCAGGUAUUAUUCCAACAGUUGUUUGAUCAGUUUUAACCGCUUCCCCCCCCCCACGCUGUGAGGGAGUUUGACCUAGAGUGGCCUUUAAGAGACAGUGGUGUGAUGCUCCAGAGUACUGUCAUUGGUUGAUCCAGUGUCUCCAUCCUCUCCAGACUAACGCACGCACGCACACACACACACAGGCACAACACGGUGGGUUGUGGUCAGUGGGAAAUGGCCAGACCGGUGUGGUCCCCCCUUACUUCUCAACCACCUUGCUUCUUCCUACUCUGUAACCCUCUCGUAUAACAGUGAGACAGACAGACAGACAGACAGACAGGUGUUUGGACGCCACGAGGGAGGGUCCUGAGAGUGUUGGAACACACCCAUCUAGGAGGUUCUUGUGUGUAAGUCAGCUUUAUAAGCAGAUGAACAGAUGCUGUCUGAAGCAGAGCAGGGAGGAAGGUGUAACAUCCAAGUGAAAGUGGACCAAAUACUUUCAUACUACAGUUGUAGGACCCUGAAGGACGUUCAACUCCGGGGAUUUCUCGUCCUGUCUUCCCUAUUUUGAAAACAAUUGUCCUCUCAAACGUCUUUGGGACCAGUGUCCUCUCCCUUCCCUACACAGGCCUGCAGGAAAUCCAGCAUGGGUCUCCAGGUAGACUCAGUGCUCCAGUCUAUCCUCCUUUUUCCAAUCCAUCUUGUGGUAUGGUUGUACUCCGUCCUAUCCUUCCUGCCCUGGUACUACAUAACCAGCGCAGGGGACAGAAAAGCUCUGUCCAAUCGAGUAAAGGCACGUUCCACGUCAGGCUGCGCAGAGGGACCGUACCGCUCUGUGGACCACUUCGAAUGCCUGGCCAAGGAGGACUUACCAGGCAAGGACACGCUGGAUAAGCUCUUUGAGUACGCCGUGCAGCGUUUUGGAGAAGCAGAUUGUCUCGGCACCAGAGAAAUUCUGAGUGAAGAGAAUGAAGUUCAACCCACUGGUAAAGUAUUUAAAAAGCUGAUCUUAGGGGAGUACAGAUGGUUGUCCUACAAUGAGCUGGACAGUGUCAUCAGUCAGUAUGGCAGUGGAUUGGCUGCUCUCGGGCAGCAGCCCAAAAGCACCAUCGCGAUCUUCUGUGAAACCAGAGCGGAGUGGAUGAUCACUGCCCAGGCAUGCUUCAGGCGCAAUUUCCCAUUGGUGACAUUCUACGCCACACUGGGAGAGGAGGCCAUUACAUUUGGCCUGAAUGAGACUGGUGUCACACAUCUAGUUACUAGCGCGGAACUGCUGGAGACCAAACUGAAACAUGUGCUUCCAAAUACCCCCAAACUGAAGCAUGUGAUCUUCGUGGACAAGAAGAAAGUGAGCACAGACGGCUACCCAGCAGGAAUCUUAGUCCACAGCAUGGAGUCCGUACUGCAGCUCGGCACACUGCCUGAAAACGGGGGGAGAGCUAUUGUGAAGCCCAAGCCCUCUGAUCUAGCUGUAGUGAUGUACACCAGUGGCUCCACAGGAAGACCCAAAGGAGUCAUGAUAGUCCACAGAAACCUGAUUGCAGGAAUGACGGGACAGUGUGAGCGCAUCCCUGGACUUGGGCCUGAUGAUACCUACAUAGCCUAUCUGCCCCUGGCUCAUGUUCUGGAAAUGACAGCUGAAAUCUCCUGCGUCACAUAUGGCUGUCGGAUUGGCUACUCAUCCCCGCAGACGUUGUCAGACCAGUCCACUAAGAUUAAGAAAGGAAGUAAAGGAGACAGCUCAGUGCUCAGACCCACCCUGAUGGCAGCUGUGCCAGAAAUCAUGGAUCGCAUCAACAAGAAUGUGAUGAGCAAAGUGCAAGAAAUGAACUUCAUUCAGAAGACACUGUUUACACUGGGCUACAAAUAUAAACUGGGGCAGAUCAAGAAGGGCUAUGACGCACCACUCUGCAAUGCCCUGUUAUUCCGGAAAGUCAAAAAGAUACUGGGAGGACGAGUGAGGAUGAUGUUGUCGGGAGGAGCGCCCCUCUCCUCGGCAACUCAGAGAUUUAUGAACGUGUGUUUCUGUUGUCCAGUGGGUCAGGGCUAUGGCCUCACUGAGACCUGUGGAGCAGGCACCAUCACAGAGGUUGCGGACAUCAGCACGGGUCGCGUGGGAGCUCCUCUUAUUUGCUGCGAGGUCAAGCUCAGGGACUGGGUUGAAGGUGGCUACACCAGCAAAGACCAACCAAACCCAAGAGGGGAGAUCCUGAUUGGUGGUCCCAACGUUACCAUGGGUUACUACAGGAAUGAAAGCAAUAAUCAGGACUUUUUCGUGGACGAAAAUGGGCAGAGAUGGUUCUGCACCGGGGACGUAGGAGAGGUUUACCCAGAUGGUUGUCUACAAAUAGUGGACCGCAAGAAAGACUUGGUCAAACUGCAGGCUGGGGAGUAUGUGUCUCUGGGUAAAGUCGAGUCUGUGCUGAAAAACGCCCUCCUCAUCGACAACAUCUGUGCUUAUGCCAACAGUGAGCAGAACUACGUGAUCAGCUUUGUGGUUCCCAACCAGAAAAAGCUGACGGAGCUGGCCAAACAGAGAAGCAUCGUGGGAUCAUGGGAGGAGAUCUGCACUCACCCUGAAAUGGAGAGAGAAGUUCUGAAGGAGAUCAAGGUCGUCGCUGCCAACAUUAAACUCCAACGAUUUGAGAUUCCCGUGAAGGUGCACCUGAGUCCAGAGCCGUGGACCCCAGAGACUGGUCUGGUCACAGACGCGUUCAAGCUGAAGAGGAAAGAGAUUAAGAACCACUAUCUCCCCCAAAUAGAGAGAAUGUAUGGACGCAAAUAACUUUUCACCCAAUGGUCCCAAUCAUCACCAAAACCACUGUUCUGAUCUAUAAAAAUGAAUUCUGGCACCUGUGCUUGGUUUUUUCAUGCCAUGUGUAUACCAGACAUCCAAAUGAAGUGUCGUGGACAAAAAAGCUAAAUGCUGUAAAUAGUUGUAGCUGUUGCAUCAGUAUGUGCUGCUUUUUAUUAUUCCCGUGUGUUGGAAGAUUUGGGUUUUUAAGAGAGAUGCACCAGAGUGGUUUAUUCCACAGAAAGGUUUGAAACCAUGAGAACUCACAGCGGCCAUCCAUGCAAAUGAGUCGGCACUCAAGUUUGUAGCUGUUACCACAGUCCUCCAGUGACUUCCAACACUUUGUUGUUCAUUGAAAACAAUUAACUGUGAUCAUCACAUCUUAUUAAGCUCUUGUAAAGUUGAAGUCUUUUGUUGCUGUGCCUUCGGUCUGCAGUACUUGUGUGGUCAAGCAGAAAUAGGUGGCAUGUAUACAAAACUAAUAGUUUGUGUGUUGGUUACAGAAAUGGCUUAACUGCCAGAUUAAUGUUUACUUGGGGCUUUAGGAAAAAUAUUUCCCCACCCAGAGAUACACUGACAUGGUUCAUGGUCAUGUCUGCCUAUUUCUUUACAAUUGUUUUAUUUAUUUGUUGUUAUUGUGUGGAUUUAUCCAGGACGUUAAGACCAAAAUGUGUAAACACACGACUCAGGAAGAUACAGUAAACUAUUGUUUCAAUAUAUAAGUUUGGGAAAUAGUGGAUCCCUUGUAUAGGGAGAACAUCUGUCGGAUUGUGGAGAAGCGUAUUUAUUUGUGCAAGCUUGCUUAACUACUAAAAUGCUUUUGCUCGUAGCUAGUCUAGCAUUAGCUGUAGUCGGAACUGGCAUACUGUAAUACUUGUACUUUACCUUAGUUGACAGGUUCAUGUACAAUUUGGUAUCUUAACAUUGUCUUAUCAUUUUAAUAUUAUAGGAGUGUUUUCUAUGUAUUUUUCAAUGUACUGUGCUGAUGGAUUGUCAUCAUUAAACCCUUAUGGACGCAGACAUAGCAGUCACUUUACAGAUGGUUGUACAGUGAUCCUAUUUGUAUUUAUUACUCCAUUUUGAUCACAUGCCUUGUUCAACAUGUCGAAAAAUAAACAUCCUUUUCGUAA